AUGAAAGAGUUCAUGGCGAAACACGCAGACUCGUGGGUCGCGCUGGCUCGUGAACACGGCCUCGAGGAGGGAGCUGCCGUGGAGUUCAACCGGGACUUUUUGCACAUGAUGCUAGUGGAGUGCGACUUUGACCGGGAGUAUGACCUGACGCGAUCGCGCGAUGUUUGGAAAGAUACCGAGUUCCUGGAUUCCACGGUACAAUACACCAGAGAUUGA